GUGACUGAAAUAUAGAGAAAAUCUAGUAAUUUUAGAUGAAUAUUAUUUGAUACUUCAGUUAUUGAUAGUUGCAAUUUUCGUUUACGGUUCAUCUUUUUGCGAGAAUGCCUAACGCAAGCGCGAGUGUAGCAGUCUUCGUCAUUCACAUUGGGCGUAUACUUAAUAAGCGGCGCGGCAGUGAGGUGUUCCAGGUCCAAUCUUCGCCUUUGCUUUAUAAGUCGACCGUCAAAGGUAGAGAGCUUUAAUUCGCGUCGAAAGUGGGCCGGUGCCGAUUUAAUCAUAAGUGAGAGUAUACUACCAACGAAAUGCAAGAAUACACUCAAGUUACCAUGCCAAAUUAUUCCUAUAUUUUCAACUUUGAAUCGGAUUUCAUCCACCAAAAAACUCGCACAUGGAUGCAAGAUAACUGGACUCUGGGAUUUUAUUAUGUGGGAAUUUAUAUGAUUCUCAUCUUCGGCGGCCAAUACAUCAUGCAAAGUCGACAGAAAUUCGAACUAAGAGGCGUCUUGGUACUCUGGAACACCUUACUGGCCUGUUUCAGCAUCAUGGGAGCUAGUAGGACUGUUCCCGAAUUCUUACACACUCUUUCACAUCAUGGUCUAUACCACUCAGUAUGUAUUCCUUCAUUCAUUGAGCAAGAUAAAGUUUCGGGUUUCUGGACCUGGAUGUUUGUCCUAAGCAAGCUUCCUGAACUAGGCGAUACCAUCUUUAUAGUUCUUCGGAAGCAGCCACUAAUAUUUCUCCAUUGGUAUCACCAUAUAACUGUUUUGCUGUACUCAUGGUUCAGCUACACCGAGUAUACAGCUAGUGCAAGAUGGUUCAUUGUUAUGAAUUAUUGUGUCCAUUCUGUGAUGUAUUCCUACUAUGCUUUGAGAGCUAUGAGGUAUAACCCUCCCAGGCAGAUAGCCAUGGUUAUUACUUCGUUACAGUUAUUACAGAUGAUCAUUGGGUGCGCUGUGAAUUUAUGGGCUAGACAGCUACUGCAGCAGCAGCAAGAGUGCCACAUUUCACCCAUAAAUAUCAAACUUUCUAUUGCCAUGUACCUCAGUUAUUUUGUCCUGUUUGCUAGGUUUUUCUACAAAGCCUAUAUGUCUGGUGAUAGGAGAUCAAAAGCUAGGACUGCUCCUGUAACAGCCGACUAUCCGUUGUUGAAAUCCAAAGUGCUAUAAAUUGUUUCUUGUAGAGCUAUGGGACAUUUUAGAUGACCAUUACUUUUGCCGAGCUUGGUUCGUAAGAAAUAUUAUAUCUUAACCGAGUUUUGUUAUGAAAGUGGACCUGUGACAAGGUUUGGGAAAAAUAUUGGUGAAAUUUUAAAAAGAUGAUUGAGAAAAACUGUUUCCUCAAUAUAAUGUAUACAAAAAUCUAUUACUCGAUUAACUUCUAGAGUGGGUCAAUAUCUAAUACUCAUAAAGUGAAAUUGUGAUGGUCAUUUAGUAUUCCUUCCAUUUCCAUAAGUUUCACAAAACUUUCACAUGCUAUAUCAAUCAAUGAAUUAAAAAUAAUAAUAUCUUAAUCUUUCAUUGAAUUUAAGAAAUCAAGAGAUAUGAAACAGUGUUUUUCACUUAAGUCAACAGAAUUUUUCCCUACAUGUUGCAUGAGUGCAACAGUACCUGGCAUUAAUUUUUUUAUAUUAUUAUGUUUAACAAAAUAGUGAAAUUUCAUGAAAAAAAAAUGAUUCAGUUUUAUCGAAAAAGAAAUUAUUGAAUGAGUUGAAUAGUUAAUAUGUAUAUAUUUGUUAGUGUAUUAUCUCAAAGAAAAUACAAUUGUUUUUCUACAGUAUUUCACCUUUUCAGGAGGUGGAAGGUGAUGAGUUAGUGAAGAUGAGCUUUACUUACAAACAUUAAUACAUUAAUUUAUAUUGAAGACCACAUUAAAUUAGAUGUAAUUUGUAGUUAUCAGUUAGUAACUAUUACUUGUGUAUGAGAGAUUUCAUACAAAUAUAAAACUGUCAAAAAAAGUAAAAGAGAAAAAUGUUCAUGAUUUUUUUCUGAAAUAUUUGAUAAAAUUAUGCCGAUUUUAUUCGUUCUUUAUUAACUUUUUUCAACAGUCUUCAGCUUAUUUUUCCCAAAGCCUUUGCCAAAGUCCUAGUUCUGGUAAUUAUAUACAAAAUGAUUUGAAAUUUAUUCACCUGUUUGGUAUAUGAAAUUUUUUUUCAAUUUUCAUAUAUGUGAUAUCUGUUGCACUCUAAGUGGUAUCGCAAAACAAUUAAGGUGAACCUGAAGUUACAUCCUUAAGUGCCUACAUAACUAAAGUUUUCUCAAAGUUUCAGUUCAUGAUGUUUUUUAUAUUCAUAUAUUUUUUCAUCACAUACAAUUCAUUCAUUGAUUUUAGGAAAUGUGAAAAAGUCACUGAAUAUAUGUUUUAUUAUAUAUCACUGUACUUGGUAGAUUGACGAGUUUUUACUAUUUCUACAUUAUAAUAAUAAUUCCAUGUUACUUACUCCUUUUAAUACACCAUAUUUUUAAUAUAAAUCAUUUUAAUAAACUUUGUCAAUGAGCAUUUGAUCGACAAUGUGAUAAUUAAUAUUUUUGUAUUGCCUUAGAGUGUUUGAAUUUUGUCAGAACUAUAUAAUAGCAACACAACUAGGACAUUUUUUUCUUCAUGUUACUUUAGCAUUUUUGCAGCAUUCGUUAAUGUAUUUGUAGAAAACUUUUUUGAAUUGGGAUUCUAUGUUUGGAAGGUUGUAAGAGGAUAGACGCAAAAAAUUUUAACAUAUAGGUAUUUUCAUAUUUACUGAAAAAAAAUUUGUUGAAGAAAUUCCUGAAAAAGUUAUUCAAUAUUUUCUAAGUUGGUUCUAGGGCAGAAAGUCUUUAAGUUGUGCAAAAUGAAAAUAUGUUUUAUUUUUCAUAGUUUUCCUGUGUUAAAGUCAUCUAUUUUUUCUUAUAUUUUACUAGCCCAUACCUAAUUUAUUUAUUAAUAUAUGGAUUCCAAUUGUCUUUCUGUGUUGAAUAUUCAUCUCAGUUUUUCCAUAGCAUUCUUUUUUUUUUUUUGGAAAUUAUGAUAUGGCUUUGCACAUCAUUUGUCAUGAAAAAUUAAUCACAAAUAACUACAUUAUUGAGACGGAAAAUUCAGUUUAUUUACUAUUUUAGGUAUUUUUGAAAUCUUUAUCCCAAAAAAACAAGAUUGAAAAUGUCUUCUCAUUGAAGACAUUUGUAACUUUACAGAAAAUACCCAUUUACUUAAUGUCAUUUCAACGAUAUCUCAUUAAAUAAAAACCAAUUCAUUAUAGAAUUUUAUUUAUAUAUUUCAUAAAAUUCUGAAUUGAUUAUUUACAUUAUGGGUUCAAGUAGUACAUGUCCUUUCAACGAUGUUUUAUCUCUCCUUUUCUACCCAGUAUUUCAAACCAUAAUUAAGGUCAAUCAGGUUGAAACCAAUUUGUGUUCACAUGUUUAUUAUUCUUGUUGGAUUCAUGUACUCAAAAUAAAAAUGGAAUAAACAACUAAAAGCCAAAAUAAAAUAGUUAACCUUCCAAAGGAUAAAAAAAACAUAGCAAUGUCAGUGAACAAUUGAAUGUCACAAAUGAAUUUAAUUAUAUGCUCUUAUUGUUUUCAUUUUUGAAUCUCCUGUGAAUUUUGACACAAUUCAGAUAUUUUUCAAGCUUUGAUAAUAAUUAUAUUGAUAAAUAUAAAUCAAUUUCCAAUUUUCAAUAAUGAUAUUUUAUUGGCACAUAUAUGAAGUGAACAAAUUGUUUUGUGAUAUUUACUGGUUAUCAUUACUUAUUUUAUUACCAUGGGGUCUUUUAAAUGAAACUAGUCAUUAAUGGUUAUGUUAGAUAUUUACUUUUUGAUUUGUCUUUUGAAAGUUUGUUAUAUUUUAGGAAACUAUAUUUUUCUGUUGAACUAAAAUGAAAUUAUGUAAAGUUGGGAGAAAAAUUACAAACGUUUGUACAGUUUUCAA